AAUAAGCAGAUGAAUAGUUAAAAAUGAACACAGAACAGCACGCAUAAAAGCAUUGUUUCUUGAUACAGUGAUGACUUUUAUCUUAACUGUUCCAUGUUCUUGUCUCCCUGUCUAGACUGAGGUUGCCUCUAUCAGCAGAAUGUCUGUUUUUAACAGCUCUGGCCUAUACCCCCGCUUCCUCCUGACAGGCUUCUUAGGACUUGAAAGCAUAUAUAGCUUGAUUUCCCUUCCUAUCUUCUUGGUUUAUGCCACAUCAAUUGCAGGAAAUAUUGCCAUCCUCUUUAUCAUCAGAACUGAGUCUUCCCUCCACCAACCAGUGUUCUACUUUCUGUCAAUGCUAGCAUUCACUGACCUGGGUCUAUCCACUACUACCUUGCCCACCAUGUUCAAAGUCUUCUGGUUCCAUGCCCGGGAAAUUCCCCUCAAUGCCUGUCUGGUCCAGAUGUAUUUCAUUCAUGUUUUCUCCAUUAUUGAAUCAGCUGUACUGUUGGCCAUGGCCUUUGAUCGCUUUGUAGCAAUCAGAGAACCCCUGCGUUAUGCAGUCAUUCUAACCAAUGGUGUAAUUAUUGGCAUUGGGUUGACAGUUACUGGAAGGGCCCUGGCUCUGGUCUUUCCAGCUUCCUUCCUUCUGAAGAGGCUUCAAUAUCGUGCUGUCAAUAUUCUCUCCUAUCCCUUCUGUCUACACCAGGACCUCAUAAAGACAACUGUAUCCAGCCACCAGGUCAGCAGCAUCUAUGGCCUCUUGGUGGUCAUCUGCUCCAUGGGACUUGAUUCAGUGCUCCUCCUUCUCUCCUACCUCCUCAUCCUUGUCACAGUGUUGAGUAUAGCUUCCAAGUCAGAAAGGAUCAAAGCCCUCAAUACCUGCAUAUCCCACAUCUGUGCUGUACUCACCUUUUACACACCUAUGAUUGGGUUAUCUAUGAUCCGCCGCUAUGGACAAAAUGCUUCCCCAAUUGUCCAUGUGCUCAUGGCCAAUGUCUACUUGCUGGUCCCACCCCUCAUGAACCCCAUUGUCUACAGUGUCAAGACCAAACAGAUUCGUGACAGAAUCCUUAAGAAAUUCAAGAAACAGAAAGUGUAG